CAUACAUUCCGGCUCCGCCACCCUUCUUCUAUACCCGUACUAAAAUAAAUUUCAAAAAUUAGAUCAGCCAACCUGCGAAGCGAAUAAAACCAUUGCUACGUAGUUUUGGCUAAAAUAUUUUUCUGCUUGCUGGCACCCGUCGAACCAGACGGGCAAGAGGACCCGUGUCCCUCCGAUUAUUUGGGAGGCAAUAACCGAUACCCAAAAAGCAAUCCUUGUUUUUCAACCACCACCACUUUGGACGUCAAUCAAUCAUUCCUCAUUCCAUCAUAAACUCAACGUUAAGCUGAUAAAAAUCCAAAUUUGAAUUACCUUCUGACUCGCCAAUCUCUGCCGUUUUUCUCUGUCUUGGUAACUGCCUACAUUUUCAAGAGGUUUGCCUACCUCAUCGUCAUCAGCUGACUGAGGACAGGUAGACAAUUGCUAUUAUAUGAAUUUAAACAUCCUGUCAUUAAAUUUGGAUUCGAUUUUUUAAAUAUUUUGUAGGCCGAGACAUGAAGAAGUUUGUAGAGGAAGAUAUCAUAAUCCUCCCAAACAUUGAGAAUGGGCCGGUAUGGAUUGGCGACUUGUGGAACUGUCAGGACUCGAGUCUGGUCGGCUCCAAGCUAUUUUCCUCCCUUGGUGAACUGGACGUCCAUCCCUUGGGAGAUUAUGCGUACGACUUGACCCACAUCAAAAGCACGAAGGAUCGCAUAAAGCCCCUCAACGUGGAAGGCUCCCUUUUCCUGGAGCUCUUGUCCGGCUUGAUAAAAGUGGAGGGCAGCGCAAAAUAUGACUUUGAGGAUAAGUCAAGCUCCUUGGAAGAAGAAUUGGUCUGUCGCUACAGCCUACGGACUUUCCGCGUGGAAGUUGUUUCAAACGCAGUAAUUAAUGACCUCGUCCGAGAUAAAAUCCUCAGAGGAGAACUCAAAGCAACCCAUGUCGUGAAGCAAGUGCAACUGGGAGCCCACAUCUCUGCAAAUCUACGAAUUCGCGACAAGACAUUCAAAGUUAACACUGAAGCGGAUGGAAAUUUAACUCAAUCUAGAUGUACAAGGAAAAGAAAGUCAACUUUUGACGGAAGGUCGAAAAUUUUUCAAAGUCGCUACCGAAUGUCUACAGUUGUAUAAAAUUCAGCAAAAGUCUGCCCAAGAUUUAAUUACUCUGGGGAAUGAAUUUAACGAAAAAUUGGGUCCUACCAUAAUUCAAGAAAUUUUGCAAAAUUUUGUUUCUGAAGGAAAUUCUGAGCUGUAUGGGGUAGCAGCUUCAAACUCAACUCCCGAAUGUCAAAUCCACACAAGUUUUGCUGCCCAACAGAACUGGUUGCAAACCAAAUGUUUACCCGUUAAACUGUUGUUUUUGUCUGCAAAAAAUUGUAAAAACGGCUCCGACUUGGCUCAGCUUUACUCAAUUGCCAGCCUCCUAAAAGGAAUUGGAAUUGAUGUUGCGAUAUCCCUUCCAUCAGUUGGAGGUGAAGAGCCAAUCACUACCCCAAAAAUUUCAAUAAAAGCGAAAUCCGACCCAGAAGAAUUUGAGGAUGUGGGUCAUGUGGUUCGCGUGCUUUCUCUGAUGGUUGAUCAGGUCAGUGAAGUUGAAAAACGAUUUUUCACAGCCUACUGCGCUACGCGAGGAAUUUCAUUUCCCUUGUCCAGUCAUGUGAAUGAAAUUGUUGGACUCAUAACAAUUUUGAAACAAGUUAAAGGAAUUAAGAUUGCAAAUAAUUACAUCCAGUUGAGAGAGUGCCUGGUCAAAUCUGAGACCGCGUACUCGUUCGUUAUCACUAUGGAGGGAUGGAACUACUUUGAAUGCGUUGCCGCAUAUAAUCUUUUGUCAGUUUCGUUGGCUGAGGACACAUCUGUACAGUCAAUUGUUGGAUCCUUUCAACUCCGUGGCCUUCAUAAAGAAACACCAUUGGCGUUUUUAUUUGAGGGAGAAACACUUUUAGCUGUGGCUGAUGAUACUUUGGAGCUCCAAAUUUUAGUUGAUGGCAUCAAAGAGAAAAAUGUUGAGGGUAACAUAAAAGAAUUCAUGGAGGACCAGAAAUAUUCUCUCAACGAACAGAGAACAAAUUUCCAGGCAGAAAUUGUAGACUUAUUUUGCAAACGAAGAAUGGCUGCAAGAAAUCCUACUAGCAACCUGUUUAAGCAAGUGUUCCCUAUUGAACCUGCCAAGGAAGUGGAGUUAGCCAUCAAUUACCUUAUAGGUUGCCUCAUUGUUCCGCUAAAUAAUAUGUCGUUUGGUUUGGCGUUUUUGUUGCAACUUUUGAAAAUGAAAGAUCCAUCAAUUCACAUGCCAAGGGAAAUUGAGGCUGAACUUGUAAAAGCAGACCCGAGUGAAAUCAAUUUGGCCCAAUACUAUCCCCAAAUACUGACUUUAUUGAAUACAAUCAAUCCUUUCCAGUGUGCGGUGAACGUUGCAAUACAAAGAUUGAAGAGUCACCCUCAAUGUGAAGAAUCAGUAGAAGAAAUUAAGCUAUCUAUUUUAACCGUAACUAACCACCCGGCCUGUGUUAGCCAGGUUAAGGAACAGUUGAUGAAUGCAACAGAAGCAGAUCCAUACUUAACCGAAGUUACAAGAGUAUUCUUUCCAUUUUGGAGAAAUGCACAGCUCAAAGCGAAGAAACUAAACCAAAUUCUCGAAUUAUUUCAGCAAUAUUUGGCUUCAUUAAUUCUGCCUCACCAAAAACUUCAAAUCCACCAGCAGAUUUAAAUAACCAAAACAUGUACUCGAGCUAUUUUAAGGAUACGUUCUUGCAAGAGUUUGUUUCCAAACUGAACAGCACCGUUGCAACAAAAUUGGAGAAGAACUUACAGCACCGCAGGUAUUACGAAGUGCUCAGCGAUCUAAUGCACCUAGCAUGCGGGAAUUCGUCCCUGUAUCAAGUUCGAAUCCUUCUGGAGGAUACAUUCACAUUAGAAACUAAGCAAUUGACACACUUUCUACAGACGAUUCUCCUCCUCAACUUGAAUCAACAAGAAUUUAUUUUUCAGAAGAGCUCAGUGAAAUAUUUAUUAAAACGAGUGCUAAAUUCUGAGAAUUGCCUCGAACUAAUUCAAACAAGACUUUGCUCCAAUAGUGUGCCUGACUUCUUGCCAGACUUUCUAAGGGAAAAGUUAACCCCGAUUCAAAGUGUUGGAGAAGGGCUGGUUCAAAUCCCUGAAAAGGUGGAAACGGUGAAGGAGUUGUUUGACAUCUCCCAACAGCUUUUUCAACAGGAAAACAUUCCGACCGACUAUGUCCGACUUGUAUUGAACUCAUUGGCAGAAAACGAGGAAAUUAAAACUGCUCUCAGCAUUUCCUCGGAUGAGUAUGGCUACAGCGAAGAGCAAAAGGUUUUCAAUCGCCCGUUUAACAAGGACACCCUCAAAUUCGCCCGUGAAAAAAUGCGAGAGUACAUGGAUAAGCCCAAAGAUUUAGUAAACAGUAAUCCUCCCCAAGACUGUAAAAUUAUUCUAGAUAAUCCAGCAGCCAAUCAUUCUUUGAAUAAUAUAAUUGAGCAAAAUAUUCAGCGUUCUACUCUUCCGGAAACUGCAAAUGUGCUAGCCACCCGUGGUUCCCUUCUACUUGUUGGAUACCAUCCUUCAAUUGACCAUAAGAGAUUUCUAAGGGUACAGAAACUUUUACAACAACCACGGUUCAACCGGAAUGACAAAUGCGAAGCAAUUAUUUCUCAGAUUCUGCCCUACAUUUUACAAAAAUUGAAGAUGUGGGGAGUUUUCGUUUUGGAGGAUAGAUUGCUAGAUCAAAUGCUUCCAAAUUGUCAGAAGAUUCCAACUGUUACCGGUGGAGGUAAAAGGUUUCGCAAACCAGGGGACGGUAGCGAAUGCAAUGCAUCGGUUGUUCACUCAGCCAUACAACAACCAAAUCAAAUUAAAUCCGAUUGGGAUUCGAUAACAAUCUCAAAACUGGACAUUUUCUCCAGCCUAGUGUAUCUCUGUGACCCCCUCGUGCUCCAGGAUAUCAUCAGGAUUCUAACCUUUUUCCCAUUAGCAGUACCAUUUAUACUGCCGCAACUAAAUUUUUCCCUUGAUGAUGAACCCACCAACAGAGGAUUCACCUCCAUGAAAUUCAUUUUGCAAGAAAGUUCCAUAAAAUGGGAAACCAAGUCUGGUUCUAUGGUGCACAACAAACUAUUUGUGGAUCCUUACAAAAUGAUUGUUGCCAUCAGAAUCGGGGCAAGCUCUGGACGGGAAAGCGGAAAAAGUACAAUUCUUACCCAACUGUUUAACGGACGGGACACCUUUGCCUCAAAAAGCAAUGCUGGAUCUGAACGUGGGCCACCAAAAUGUUUGUCAGGGUCGGCCGAACUCGUCGUUUUAACAAAGGAAACAUGUUCCCCUCGUCUUUUCAAUUGGCAAAAUGGGAUUGAUAUAGGAAAACCACAGCACUCAAUCGCCUCCCACUAUUCAUCUUCAGAACUAGCUGAAGCCCUACUCUUAGUAAAUCUACACGGAAACGGGGCUAAAUUACCACAUCAUAUCAACUAUUUGAAGAAAUACGCUUCUGCAUUCCUUGUAUUUUUUGCGGACGCUGCUUUUCCUAAAACCCAAGAAGAGUUUGACAAAAUUUCGGAAAUGUGGAGUGGAACCCAGUUUUACACCGUGAUCAUCGACCCCUCAAACGAGAACGCAGACGGGUCGUCAGAUGGUAUUGUAUAUACGAGCGAUCUUGUCAACGAUAGCAGUCUGGACGGGGUUAGAAAUUGCUUGGCAGAAUGCAUUAAUUUUCAGCGGAUGGAGCAAAGGGAUGCCGAUCACCAGAAUACGAGCCUUGAGAAAAUUCAACCAGUCACACCCAUUUCCACAGUAUUGUCUUCACAACUUAUCAAUAUUUUGGAAACUGACUCUUGUGGCUUUGUAAGGGAACUAUUGAAGUUGCAAACAAGGGGUGCGAAUGCUUAUGGAAAGCACAAAGAUGUUGGAUCUCUUCUGGAAAGUUGUGGAAUUGGGUCAGCAAUAUUAAUAAAAAUAACAGUCUAAUCGGGAUCCUCACCUUGCCUCUCAAUC